AUGUCAACUAUUGAUGGGUGUCGAAUGUUUUUCGAAAACUCAUGUCGCGAAGACAUAGUAGAUCGUCCCUGCCGAUUCGUGCACACAAAACUAUCUCUCCAAUCUCGUUGCGUUCAGAAGUACAUCUGGGUUUACGCAAUUGUGCAGAAUUUUCAUCCCAUCAGAGACGUUGUGGCCCGUAAAAGACUAGACAGGGCCCUUGCCAGAUCCGGACUCAACGUAGAAGAGUACAAGAAGCACCAGUUUCACAAUUUGCCAGGCCCUAACGACGGAUCUGGCUGGAGAUUGGAUUAUAUAAAAGUGAGGAGUGGCUGUAGUUGCCAAGUUUCUGCCAAGGAGAGGAGGAGAGAUAAUGGUAAUGGUAAUGGUAAUGGUAAUGGUCACCAUCCACCGAGAAGGAGUCAGCAUCAUAGAGGGUAUAAUAAUAAAAAAUAG